AUGCAAUUACCGAAGCAGCGGACUCCUGCUGCCACCACGUGCGGAAAAUCCACUGUUCUUAAGGAGCAGCAGGCACGGGAAUAUCCGAUGAAAUUGCUGGACAUACGCGACUCUGCAGGUGGACUACACGAUUGGUUUCACUCGGGCGAGGCAAAGUCGUCCACACUGCACACACCUGGCAAUAUGCUACAGCUGCUUCACUAUGAUUGCGAAAUACCAACGGCUCUUAUUUAG